AUGGCUGCAGGUGCCAGAGCGACGCUCCUGGUCAUCGUGGUCAUCAUGACCAUCGUAGCCAGGCCAGCUCAGGCGUCGUUCGGAGGGGAGCCCGAUUCAGACGACGGGUGGUGGGACGACCUGACCAACAACUUUGCGUCCGACCUGGCGCCCAUCAUCUCGCUGUUCGGCGAGCAGGUGACGAAGCAGUUCCUGAGUCAGGUCGUGACCGUCAUGGACAUGCUCGUCUUCUCGUCAGCCCCGCUGGGCAUCAUCACGACGGUCGUGUCGGCCAUCCGCGUGUCGGGCGACUCGCUACUCAAGUCGCUCGUCGGGCGGGCGCGGGAGCCCUACGGGGCGGCAGAGGUCGAGCUCUGCUCGUCCACUAGCCAAGAUGUGUGCGAGCUCUGGUCCGACGGCGGCAUCUGCCGCGUCUUUGGGCGGCCCCGCAUCCUCGAGUUCAUGUACCGCGAACCCGAAUCUGCACGGGGCUACUACGAACCUAGCCCGCUGCUGCCGCGCGAGGAGUGGAACCGCCAUGAUACCGCACAGUACGGCAGCCGUGUGAUGGACAGCAAGCCACCCUGCGGCAUAGCCCUCCCGAGGCAGGCCCUGGCUACCCUCACGACGAGGCAGAAGGGUGCCUUGUGGGCGAUGUACCAGCAGGAUCCCGAACCAGGGCCCUUUUCUGGCUGGGAAAAUAUCGGCGUAGUAGACGGCACCUUGUGGUGGCCAAUCCGCGUCUGGAUCCUGAGGAACCUCCGGAACGCGCGUGACAAUAGAGGUCCCGCGACGAUGACCAGUGCCGACCCUGCCAAGUCGCCGACAGGUUCAGACUGGUCACGGCUCUUCUGGGGGGUUGUCCGGCUCACGGAGAAGCACGGCGCGAGAUACGACAGCGAGGUGAAGCCUGACUUGGAGAGCCAGGAUCCAGGGUUAGACACGGACAGCGCAGUGACCUCACCGCAGGGCGUAACCUCGCUGCGUCGACGCCGUGCUGCCGUCAAUAACGGUCCCACCACCCCGAAGAGGAGAUUGCGGGACGGAAACCCCAUACCCGAUCUGACCGGGUUUGCACCGUACCCCAACCUGUCACUCAACCUCGGCGUGCGCAAGUCGAGCUUGGCUCUCACGUAUGUCUUCAUGGCCGCCAUAUUCGGCUAUGCCCUCCAGAUGAGCGCCAUCGGAUUCGCCGCGUGGGCCACUUUCUACAGCCCCAAGCUGUCAGGAAAGAGCGAUGGCCGUGAAACCACGCCCUUCUUUGUCCUGUACUCUGUAGGCACCGUCGUCAUAUUCUUCGGCAUGAGCCUGUCGGCUGGGGUGAUCCAGACCUUCUCCAAGAAGCGGCUCUUCAUCCUGCUGCGGCGCGAGGCGUCAGGCGAGCACGCCCGUCCCGACACAAGUAAGAACGUCGACGGCAAGCCGGCCGACCGCAUCUACUGGCUCCAGCCGGGCAACCAGCGCGUCGGAGACCAGGAGUUUCGCCCGUUUGCCUACAGCGAGGCCAAGAGCGAGUACAUCACCGCGUGGAAGGCUACGGGUGACGCCAACCCGAGGAGUGGCGUUGUGUACGCCAGCUCAGCCCUCACCAUGGUUGGCUGGAUCGCCCAGUUCAUCGGCCUACGCGGCAUCCACGGCACCGUUGCGCUGUACCAGCUCAUCUGCACCAUCAUCAUGACGGCCGUGCGCGCCUUUCUCCGUAGCAAUACCCUCGACAGGAAUAUGAAUCGCCUGCACAAGGCUCAGGGCCGGAUAGAGGGCUACGAGCUGGAAUGGCAGGCUACCGACAUCGUCGUCUCAGGCUCUACAGAUGGCCAAGGCUCGGCCCGUAUAGAAGAUACUUACUUUGCGAUACUCGACGGAGGGAGGCUACCGCUGGACGCAAACGAUGUCACGCAGGGCAGCACGACCGUGCUCGACGUACCGAUGAGUCUCAGAUGCCAUCACGGGCCGGAAUCUUCGAUGACGGUUGUGUCCUGGAACAGCGAUGAUGAGUCCGGAUACGUACCUGGGCCUUGUAGAGUAGAUGCCGCCCUGGCACACGCCACAGCCAGCGUCUGCCGUACGAUAGAGACGCAGGGCCUCGAGGCCUGGCCUGGCGCGUGCAAGGGGGGCGUCGAUCUCGAGGAGGCCAGGGAGACGGAUGCCAUGCCCAACCCAGCGGCCAAGGUGGUCCACGUACGAUGCCGUCUGGGCUGGCUGACGGGCCCGUCCAUACAGGGCCCCGACAGCGCCUGGAAGUCGGGAGCCAGGGACGUGGCUCUCAAGCUCAAGGCCGCCCUCGAGGAGACGGUCCGGCUGUGGCUCCCGCAGGUCACCUGGACAGCGCUGGUGUGGACCAUGGGCUGCAGAGUCCGACAGUUCAAGACGGAGGAGGAGGGCGCUCCUCUCCCAACGCCGAUCUGCCUCCAGAUACUGCACCAGGGCAGUGGCUGGACCGCUGACGGGGGUCAGCUCGAGGCCGUGCUCGGGCUGACGCUGUGGUCCAUGGAGCGUUGGGUGCAGCGGCCGACGCUGUGGCGGCCGUCGUCGGCUGACGCGCAAGAGACGUGGCGCGGUGAGGAUACGGGCACAGCCCGCCGGCGCGAGCUGGUAUACCCGAGGAAGCACACAGUGUGCCGCACGACGCGGGCCGACGCCAUACUCGGCGACUGUGGGGCGCUGCUGCUCUCCAGGAAGACCAUGCGAUGGCCCACGAACGCCGAGCCGACCUUUCUCUCCGUGCCCGUGCUGAACCACGAAGCCGUCGUUGACGGGCCCCGGCGGCACACUCCCCGCGAAGCCGACGACGGCCGGGAGGGUAUGACGGGCCUUUCCCUCUCCACCGAGGACACGCCCCUGCAGCUCAUCGCGCAGGACUUGUUUGCCGUGUUCAUCGCCAGGCUCACGACUGUUGCGGCGUACGAGGGCACGGCAGACAAGGAUACAGAUGUCAGCAGCAGCACGGGCACGGACACGGGCACGGGCACGGGCACGGGUUCGGAUCCUUGUCCUUUGGCCUUUGAUGGAGGCGAGCACUUGAAUGAGCUUCGUCGCAAGUCGGCAGACGUUCUCGUGAGGGCCGGACUGGCAGGACGGGCUGAGGCGUUGUUUACGGUGUUUUCGACAAAGCAGUAUGAGUGA